GAGAAGGAACGAAAAGGAAAGCGUUCUAGGAGGAAGGGUAAGAAAGGUGAAGAUGAUUACCAACAUAUCCAUGCUAUCAUGUCAUCAGCGAAUGCAGGCAAGGCAGGAAGAGAUACGGCAAUGAGGCUAGCUCUUUCCGACCGUUACAAAGGGAAGGGCAAGGGAGCUGUAGAAAAAAGUAACAAUGUAGUUAAAGUCGAGGAUGCUCACCCGGAUUCUUCCGCGACAGCGAUCAGUCAGCCAAACAACGUCCCGCAAGCUGUAAAUGCCGUUAAUGGAGCGAAUGUGGCGGUGAACGAGGUCAGCUCGAUUCCUGGAACAGUGCCAGUCCCGGUUGCCUACGGCGAGACACCUAUUCUGGACCAUGUCCCCGCGCCUUCUCUCCCUGAACAGCAGACUACCGGUCAGGUGGCACCUGUCACACCGGAACAACCUGUUCCAGCUCAGAAUCCACUAGCACAUAAGACCGCAUCUCAUCAGUCUCUUACCGUAACUGAGCAACCGAAGCCAGCUAUUCCACCUUCUGCCUUCAGUGCUCCUACCGUAGGCAACGUCGUUUCUAUCCCGGCAGAAAUUUCAACGCCCAGACCUGUCGCUCCGCCGCUUUCGUCAUCCCAUGCGACGCCACCGCAUAUCACUCCGCCGCAUGCAACAACUCCUACCGCUAGUCCUCUUCCUCUUUCUUCAUCCGCUACUCCUCUUCCUGCGGGUGCUGCUUUUCCCCACCCUGUGGGUGGUACUUCCCCUCAUCCUGCGAAUGCUGCUUCACCUCAUCCUGCGGGCGAAGUGGCGCCGCCUCUACCUCAUCCAGCACAUUCAGCACCUCCAGCACCUUCUUUUCCUGUCGCCGUUGAAGUGCAUCGCAGUAACGAUCCGAAUGAGAAGAAACUUCCACGAACUGUUUCAACUCAAUCUGUCGGUGUUCAGCCAACGAUAUGGGAAUCUUACAAAGCUCUUGGGGACGUCUACUCCAAGCAGGACAACCUAGGUACGUUGAUUGGACCUGUCCAUAGUAGGCUAGCGCACCCCUCUUCUGACACCUGUACAUAA